AUGACGGAACCUGAGACAACUUCAGCUGUUGAAAAAAAUUGGUUCUUUCAGGAUAUUCGAAAAACCGUACUUAUGAUGAAGGACAUCGCAGUUCAAUUGGAGAAAGACAAGCACUUUGACAAGGAUUAUGCAAAUUACAACUCAGAUAUAAAAGUAGUGGGAAGGUAUCCUUCAAUUGACUAG